AUGAUUGAUUUACCUGGUUCAACAUCAUUUACAAUGAGAAUCGGUAUGAAUCAUUUAAUGUUAGCAUUCAUAUUUGAUCAAACAAAUUCAUCGAUAAUGACAGAAUUUGAACAACAUCUUCGACAAUUCAAUCCGAUUAAUGAAACAAUUUCAUUUAAUUUUGAUUAUUAUAAUCGUUUGGAACAAUUUGUAAAUGAAACCGAAACAGAUUGUCCAUAUUCAUUUAUAAUGGCAAUAACAUCAUGUGAACAAAAUUCUCAAUUAUAUCGUCAUAUUCGAAUACAUUGUUAUGAAUCAAUAUUGUUUACAUUUUUUGAAUCAAUUUGUGAACGACCACCAAAAGAUAUUGGAUUCGGUAUACCGAAUAUUCGUUCAGUUGAUAAAAUUUUACCAUUAAUUUAUGAUGUUGGUCUUGUAUUACCGGAUUCAUCUAAACAAAUUAUUAUUCUUUAUGAAAAUAAUUUAGGUAUUUUAUUGUUUUUUUUAACUUGA